AUGUCGAGUUCUGCCUCCGGCGACUCGGGCGGUGGCCGUUCCAUGGAGUCACGAGUGGGUAGAACCAAGCAACGUUACAACACUAAGGGCGAACGUCUCGUCGCUGGCAUCGUGCCUCUCACUCCCGAUCAAAAGUUUGUCCUAUUGAUUCAGUCUACCCGGCGCAAAGGCUGGGUGCUGCCCAAGGGCGGCUGGGAGUCUGACGAGACUUGCCAGGAAGCCGCUGAGCGAGAGGCCUGGGAAGAAGCUGGCAUCACUGUUCAGAUCACCUAUGAUCUUGGUGACAUUGAUGAGAAGCGUGCGCCCAAAUCGUCAAAAGAUCGGUCAAGAUACCACUUCUUUGAGGGCACAGUAACCAGCGAGUACGACGAUUGGCCCGAAUCCCACAAGCGAGAACGCCAGUGGUUUACAUUUGCCCAGGCGUGGGAGGCAUUGUCAACACGACCGGAGCUACAGGAGGCCUUGCAACGGUCUACUGUAAAUCGUCAAUAG